GAUGGUAUGGUGAAACCAUCUCGUGCGAACGUGACGCAGGGGUUAUCUCUAGCAGAUUCCCUUACGCCUUUAAAAUCAGCAUGGUCAUGGAGUAUUACUUGUGGACUGUUUUGUAGUUAGUUAAUCAGUUAGAUUGACGGAAGAGAAAGCGGAACCAUGGCGUGAUGCCUGUUUAGACGAGGGUACCCUUUGCGCAUUCACUCUACUAACCGUAGGUAAACCGGCUUCUGAGACGAUGAUACUCUGAAAUGCAUACCUCUUAACCAUCUGCAUGAAGGCUGGCCUCAAUUGCAGAGGUUUUAUAUAUCAUUUUGGAAAAAUGCUAGAGCAUCAAAAGGCCCAGCGGGCUCAUUCUUCAAGUGUCCCUUCCGAAUCAACGAGAAGGCGGAUAUACCCCACGAGUUCUGAUGGGUCUAUGGGUCCAUCUACUCGAUUGUGGAACAGACUUCGAGAUAUACCUAAUAACCCCAAUGAUCCCGAAUGCGUAAAGGAGCUGGUCAUCGUUGCGUUCGGUGCUUUUGAGAGAUACUAUAUCUGCUGGAAGAUACAAAAUGGGGAAUAUAGACAGGAUAGCUACGGCCUACCAGACGAGUUACAGACAUGGCUUUUCCCACCGGAUGGGUCAACGCGAGACUUCGACACACUUCAGAUUGUUUUCGGACAUGGAGACGAGUAUUUUGCAUCAGACAAGAAUGGGAAGGUCUCGAAUAGAGAUAGCACCGCUGAUUUGAAGGAUAAAUUGUCUGCGAGACAAGUGCCUUCAAGGCAGAAUCUGAGGCGAUCACAUACACUUUCUAUGACGAGUCUCCCUUCUGAACGAGAACUAAGACCUCCGUCUCUCAUUCCUGUUACGCAAUCACCGCCGACGAGGAGUAUCAUGAGGCGUGACACACUACGAGCAGCACGCCCGCAGAGCAUCGCUAUCGACGGAUCCAGCUUCUGGAGCUGGUUAGAGAAGAAGACAGAAAGAGAGAGCCAAGCCCAAGUGGCAGAUACUAGGUCGCGAAAUCUAGCUCCACCGGCUGCUGUACCCCAACUACCGAACCCAAAGAGAGUAUGUCGUUACGUGGAUGCAGGCGUCCAGACUGAGCCUGAUCAAGAUGAUCUCGAAUCGACAUCGACAAGGUCCACGAGAUCAAGAUCCAGCAGUACUUACAGCAUGCAGCGGAUAUCAACUAGCCCACCUUCGAUAGUUGGAACUACCAUAGAAGACCCAGCGAACCCGGUUAUAAUGGGUAAGAUGCAUUCAUAUUUUCGGGGAAGAGGAUAUAAAUUAGGAGAUGCUCUAGGUACCAGGCUUGUACCAUGAAGUACACUAUCAACUUUUGGCGAUCCAGACUGCAGCCACGGAAAUUAAAGCGGGUGCAGACAAUGCAGAUACGAGCAGGACUGAGAAAGAAAGAUACUUUUCUUGCAGGCUUGCGCCAUGUUUACAUACUCGCAGGAACGAGUCAAGAUCCUGAGUCUCGAUAAGGCCUAGGAAUACCACGUCCUACCGCUCCUACGGUUCAGAAGACCGUCUAAUUUUGACCUUUCGACACUAAACACCAUGGAAAACAAGAAUUCCUCCCCUUCUU